AGCAAAGAAUCAGAAUAACAAGCUUCACGCUGCUCGACGACGAUUUAGCGAUCGUCGAUUUUUCUUUGACAAGCUUUCGACAUAAUCUUUGACAUCCAAGUGGACCAGCAAAGAUGGUCACCUUCAAAACAGUUUUGCAGUGUCAUGUACGUUUAAAUUCAAAAUUCUGUUCACGAGGAUCCACAAUGUUGGUGUGACCGAUGUAAAUAGCGAAGAAAGCAGAGAUGAUAACCUUCGAAAAUAGUCGCAGCAUCAUCUUGUGUAACAGUAAGAAGAUGAAAGGGAUCUUCUUAUUCCACGGAAUCAUCAUUGGUCGAACCUAAUCGGCGCUCAUUUCCGGAGUGAUUGGCAAAAUUAUCAUGAGAAAUGAAACGUUGCUCGAAGCUGAAUCGUACCAAAAAAUUUAUCCGAAAUCAUAAAAAUUGAGAGGAAUGAAAAAAAAUGAACUGGGCGACUUUAAUGGUUUUUGGGAUGCUCGGAUUAUCGAUGGCAACGGUAAGUUUCUUGGUGUACAAAUUGCAUAUCGAUUCUCUGGGAACGAGAUCGACGAGUUUCGAAGAUUGCGGCAGAGCGCCAUCACGAGAUUCAACGAUCGAGGAUGACUUUCGAGACGUAUUGAGCAUAAUAAAUCUGCGCGAAAUAGAAAAGAUAUUCCACGAUUAUCUGAUGCACGAUCAACAAAUAGCGAACACGUACAGUUUCAUAAACGAACAAAUUAAAUUUAUAAAACGUGAAAUUGAUGUGAUGCCAGAAACGCAAAUAAUGCUUGAAUAUCUUCGAGCGAUUGGAUUGAGGAGCGGGUAUUGGGCAGAAGCGAUUACGCAAUAUUGGCAGAAUUUGCCACGUUACAAAGGCACCGAUUAUGGAGUUACUUACGGUGGAUUAACGACGAUGAUUCAAAAAAUGAUUGCUCGAUUACCGAAAGAGGAUUUGCGCCGGCUGUUGCAAUCGAAGGCACGAUCUUCAGCGAAUUUUCAACAUUUUUUGAAUCUCAUAAACUCCGAUCUUUUCGCUGAUAUGUGUAUGAAGAUAGCACAGAAUGAGGUCCUUGGUCGACAUUAUUAUUGGGCAGUCGAGGGCAGUCUCGAAGCAAUCUUCGCUAUUGAACUUUUGCGCAAUCUCCGAUCGUAUCUUUUGCUUGUCGAACUGUACUGAAGGUAGAAAAAGGAUCGAAAAAAAAGAUCGAACUGUACUGAAGGUAGAAAAAGGCAGAAAAUGAGGAUCAACUAGA